GGCGCACGGGUGACUCUGCCCCUUUCGGUAUCGGGUACAGCGAGAGGUAGCGUCGUUCGUGAAGAAGAGUGGCCUUACCCAUUUGCUGCCGCCAACAUGUCGAAGUCUGAGGGAUCGUCUGAUUAUGGGUGCGAUUUGUCGCCUAACGCAUCCCCCAAGGAACCUGAACAGCUGCGUAAACUGUUUAUUGGUGGCCUCAGUUUUGAAACAACAGAUGAGAGCCUUCGCAAUCAUUUUGAGCAAUGGGGCACACUUACAGAUUGUGUGGUAAUGAGAGACCCAAAUACUAAGCGCUCCAGGGGGUUUGGAUUUGUCACCUACUCAACAGUGGAAGAGGUUGAUGCUGCCAUGAAUGCCAGACCGCACAAGGUUGAUGGUAGAGUUGUUGAACCAAAGAGAGCAGUAUCCAGAGAAGAUUCUCAGAGACCUGGAGCCCACUUGACAGUGAAGAAAAUCUUUGUUGGGGGGAUUAAGGAAGAUACAGAGGAACACCAUUUGAGGGACUACUUUGAACAGUAUGGCAAGAUUGAAGUUAUAGAGAUAAUGACUGAUCGUGGCAGUGGCAAAAAGAGAGGGUUUGCCUUUGUUACUUUUGAUGAUCAUGACUCUGUGGACAAGAUUGUCAUUCAGAAAUACCAUACUGUAAAUGGGCAUAAUUGUGAAGUCAGGAAAGCUUUGUCAAAACAGGAAAUGGCCAGUGCCUCUUCCAGUCAGCGAGGUCGUAGUAGCUCUGGAAGCUUUGGCAGUGGGCGUGGAGGUGGAUUUGGCAGUGGUGAUAAUUUCAACCGUGGCAGCAACUUCGGAGGCCGUGGUGGGUUUGGCAGCCGCAGCGGUGGUGGCGGCGGGGGAUAUGGGGGCAGCGGAGAUGGCUAUAAUGGGUUUGGCAAUGAUGGUUAUGGAGGCAGUGGCCCUGGAUACUCUGGAGGAAGCCGGGGUUAUGGUGGCAGCGGAAGCUAUGAUGGAUACAACAAUGGAGGUGGUGGCUUUGGCGGUGGCAGUGGAGGGAGCAACUUUGGAGGUGGUGGAAGCUACAAUGACUUUGGCAGUUACAAUAACCAGUCUUCAAAUUUUGGGCCCAUGAAAGGAGGAAACUUUGGAGGCAGGAGCUCUGGUCCGUAUGGUGGAAGUGGUGGUGGCUAUGGUGGCUCUGGUAGUGGCAGUAGCUAUGGUGGUGGAAGGCGGUUUUAAUUCCUAGGAAACAAAGCUUAGCAGGAGAGGAGAGCCAGAGAAGUGACAGGGAAG